AUGGAUAGGAUAGGGUUUUGGAAUGUGAGGGGGCUAAAUAAGCCCAAUAAGAUAUGUGAUGUCUUAUGGUUCAUGAGACAUCAUAAUAUGGGAUUAUUUGGUUUCAUGGAAACGAAGGUGAAGGCUAGGAGGUUUAGUAAGGUGUUUGGGAAUUUUGGUAAGGAGUGGUCAAUUGUUACUAACUAUUCUGCUCAUAGUUCUGGAAGGAUUUGGCUUAUCUGGCUCCCUUCUAUUUUUUCUGUAAGUAGCUGCAAGGUUGGAGUGCAAUACAUUCACACUUUGGUAACCCAUAGAGCUUCUAUGAAGUCGUUUUGGGUUACUAUGGUGUAUGGUCUUAAUGAUGCUAGGGAGAGGGAGAAGCUAUGGGAGCAAAUUUCUGUUUUGGCUACCUCAAUCAGUGAGCCUUGGUUGAUUGCUUGUGAUUUUAAUAGUAUUUUGAAUCUAGAGGAUAGGCUAGGUACUCCUUGUACUAUUGCUGAGGUUGAGAAGUUUAGAACCUGCUUGAAAAGUAAUGAUCUGAUGGAUUUUAAUACUGGAGGCAUUGCUGAGUUCCUUCCUGAGGGAUUAAUGGACCACUCUCCUUGUUGUAUGAAGCUAGAUAAUCAGGGUUGGAAUGUUAGAAAGCCUUUCAGAUUUUUCAAUAUGUGGAUUGAAGCUCCGAAUUUUCUUGAGAUAGUAAAGGAUGCUUGGAACUGCUCUAUUAAUGGUACUUCUAUGUUUAGACUUGUUCGGAAAUUGAAAAUCAUCAAGAAACAUUUGAAAUGCCUUAAUACCAGGUGUUUUUCAAAUGUUGAGAGUGAAGAUCUAGCAGUUGAGAAGAGGUUAAUUGAUAUUCAGUUGAAGAAAGCCAAAGCUUAUUGGAUGAAGGAAGGAGAUUUGAACUCUAGCUACUUUCAUUCUUGCAUCAGAAAUAGAAGGGUGAUGAACAGAAUCUGUUCUAUUCAGAAUCAGAAUGGGGAGAUGAUCAGUGCUCCUAAUAAGAUUGCUGAAACUUUUGUCUCUUAUUACCAGAAAUUGCUAGGAAGUGAUGAGGGGGAAGUGAUGGAUAUUCAUACUGAAGUGAUUCAGGCUGGUCAGGUCUUGUCUGAAAGUCAGAAACAUGCUGUUAUCACACCUUUUACUGAGAUUGAUGUGAGGAAUGCUCUCUGGGAUAUUGAUGAAAAUAAGUGUCCUUGUCCAGAUGGGUAUACUAGUAGUUUUUUUAAGCAGGCCUGGGAAAUAGUCAAGGCUGAUGUGUGUGGGGCUGUUUUGAAUUUCUUUGAAACAGGUAUGCUCUUAAAGCAAAUAAAUACUACUUCUCUUACUUUAGUUCCAAAGGUGGCUAGUGCAACAGCUGUUACUCAAUAUCGUCCUAUAGCAUGCUGUAAUGUGAUUUACAAGAUCAUUUCUAAGAUGAUUUGUACUAGGCUAAAGGAAAUUCUUCCUGAUAUCAUUAGUGAAGAGCAGGGGGCUUUUAUCUCUGGAGGGCUAUCAUUGAUAACAUCAUGA